GACGUCACGUUAUUGCGACGGAAUGGACUUUUCCAAUUUAUUCUGAUGACGUAGUCCUCAAUUCAGCAAGGUGACAGGUGAACGACGCGUUUCCACAAUGCAAAUAAUAACAAAAUAACCACGUUGUUACGUGUUCAUUGCCAUUUGUAUUGCAGUCAGACAUGAAUUUAGAAACUUUGAACUGAAAGUAUUCUACAGAUUUUAGGCCGUGGUUUCCUGAUCAAAAUGUUGUUUCUUAUGGAUUCAGUGAUCAUGUUCACCUCACAGCUGCUGUUCUUUGGCUUUGGGUGGCUGUUCUUCAUGCGGCAGCUGUUCAAAGACUAUGAGGAGCGGAUUGAAUACUCCAAGACAUUCCAGGGGAAAUACUUCAACUUCCUGGGUUAUUUCUUCUCCUUCUACUGUGUGUGGAAAAUCUUUAUGGCCACCAUUAACAUUGUGUUUGACUGUGUUGGGAAGACUGAUCCAGUGAUUAGAGGGAUUGAGAUCACUGUUAACUACCUAGGCAUUCAGUUUGAUGUAAAGAUCUGGUCUCAGCAUAUCUCCUUCAUCCUGGUGGGCAUCAUCAUCGUCACCUCUAUUAGAGGCCUUCUCAUCACACUCACCAAGUUCUUCUAUGCCAUCUCCAGCAGCAAGUCCUCCAAUGUUAUAGUGCUGGUUCUAGCUCAAAUCAUGGGGAUGUACUUUGUCUCGUCCGUUCUCCUCAUGAGGAUGAGCAUGCCUCUAGAGUAUCGCUCUAUCGUGACCAAGGUGCUGGGCGAGUUGCAGUUCAACUUCUACCACCGAUGGUUCGACGUCAUCUUCCUCGUCAGUGCCCUCUCCAGCAUCCUUUUCCUCUACCUCGCCCACAAACAGGCUCCCGAGAAGCACAUGACCCCCUGACCCCACUUUGAACUUGACCCUUUACCUGGAAGCUCAGCUGGCGUCCAGAACUGAACUUUGAGUCUGUGGGAUUUAGAUUUUCUCUUUUUUAAAUCUCUGGUCCGUUUGUGUGGUGGCGAGAAGAAGACGUUUUGCCUGUGUUUCCUGAAUCAGGAAGGGCCGACGCUUGGCCAUGUGGACCAUUGGUGUCGGGGGGAUUCAAUGGAGGGGAAUUGGUGCCAUGGAACGCUGGACUAAUGUUGGGGUGAACGUGGGGGGGAUGACUAAAACAAUGUGGAUGUGUCAUCGUGCUGUUGAGCCGUUGGACAGGUUCUGUCUAGCCUUAAAUGAAUCUGACCACAGGAGAACUGCAUAGUAUACAGCACAGCCCAGCUUCACUGCAAACACUAGCUUUGUUUUAUGAAUGGUUUGUAAAGACCAUCACUAUCUGAAGUUUACACUCUAUUUUUGAUAAACAGAAUACUCAAAAUUAAAGAAGAAAUGUAUCCCCAAUGCCCAUGAUGCUAUUUGCUAGCAUCAUUCAUGGUGUCCAGUCUGUACAUGUACCUAGGUUUGUUUGUUGGUGAAUGUGUGCAAAUAUCUACUGUACUCUACUGUGCUUUCACACAGGUGGGAAAGCUACAGAAUAAACCAAUUUAUGUGGUUAUUAGUUACUCCGUUCCCUUUCUUUUAAGUACUGCAAUGCCACUAUAAAUGUACCAGUUAAGCAAAGAAUAAGUGAAUAGUGACUUAUACACAGAUCUGGGACUGGAUACUUUGUCUCUAUGAGAGCGGUAUUUGGCAUCUGCUAAAAUAAAUGACCAUUUAAAUGCUAUCUAAAAGACAGCUUUA